CGACCAUUGUGUUGAACACGACACAUGUCGCACAGCACACCCCAGUGUCGCUGUCGUGUUCGACACAAUGGUCGCCAGACGGUGCCCGAAGGGGCGCUUGGUCGACUGUCGAAUGGCGGACGACAGUGUCGCUGUCGUGUCGAACACGACGGUCAACUCCCCUACAGGCACCGUUUGGCGACCGUCGUGUCGAACACGACAUGGACAUUGUUAUCUGGCGAGCAGACGGUGCAUGAAGGGCCGCUUGGUCGACUGUCGCAUGGCAGACAACAGUGUAGCUGUCGUGUCCAACACGACGGUUGGUCAGCCCGCGCAGUGCCGUCGGGUUCGACGCGACAGUGCCACGACGACACCGCAAUGUCGCUCUCGUGUCGAAUUCGACGGUACUGGAGGACGUCGUGGCACGGCCGUCGAGUUCGACACGACAAUGGAACGACGACGAGCUGGCGGGCUGCGGCCCGCUUCACUGCUCGGCAUGGAUCGCGAGGGGAAGCUAAGCAAACGACGUACUAGUGCUGGUUCCGGGAGCAUGGAGCAGUCUCCGAAAAAAACGAAGGGGACAUCGACGGCUGGCGUGGGGGCUGCCGACACACCGGGGUCUAAGGGCCACCGAACCCCGGUGCUGCGGGGUGCGCCUUCUACGGGCACUCCUUCCGCCCAUGUUCGAGGUUCGGGACCGGAUUCGACUGUGUUGAUGAGUGGUGGGGCUGUGGGUCGAGAAGAGGAGGCUACUGGUCGGAAGGGGAAAUCUGCGAUGGACGUUGUGCCCAGGCGUAAAAGGUCUGGUGACACGUCCGUUGCAGGUGUGGGAGACGAGGUGCCUGUCGCCGACCACCAAGACAAGUGUUGGAUGUUGGACUGGGUGGGUGGAAUCGGGGAACGCUCGGGUGGGCUGGUUUUGUACGUGGUGAUAAAAAAUAACAUUGUUCCGAUUGGCGGUGUGGUUAAGUGGAGUGGAGAAAAAUCGUCGUCGGCCAUGUUGGAGUUAACGAUGGUCCUUAACGCUAGAGGUGAGCGGGUGGCGGGUGUCAAACGCGUUGCUCUUCGUUGGGCCAAACACGCUGGGUACGGCAAGAGGCUUUAUGACAUUUUCAAUCCGCCCGGGACGGAGAAAUUGAUGUUGUCGGACCUUCGAUCGGUUUUCGCAUUCUUCGACAGACAUGUGGUCGCAGGGCAUGAGCCGGUGGUGCAUUCUUUCGACCACAUAUCUGAACCGAAAAGCAUGCUUUCGUCGUCUUUGGAGGCGGCUCCGUCGUCUUUGGAGGCGGCUCCGUCGUCGAAACCGAUCAUUAUAGCCCCUGUGAAGCGUAGACCAACAUCAACCAAGGAACCCAUUUCCUUGGUCCGCCCGCCGCGCUAUGAGUUGGCCAUUCCUGUCGGGCCACAAUAUUUUGGAGAUGACGACGAGGAGAACAGCGCAGAAGAAUGGGAGCGCAAUGAAGAACGUGAAGAAUAUGAGGAGGGUGGCGAAGAAGAGGGAGUAGAGAGUGAGCACACAAUCAGCGAGAGGGGUGGGCCGGGCGAGUUGGAGGGUCGUCUAGGGGUUGAGCAUGAGGACGAAGGGCAAGAAGAGGAAACGACCGGCGAGGGAGGGUAUGCAGAUGUGCAUCAGGGUUCCAAACGAACGCAGCUGCUCCCGCCGGGUCAUGGGCAUUGGAAAGCGGAUCCAGGGCGAGGGGAAAUGCACCGCGAAGUUGGGGUCGAGCCGGCGCAUGCCAAUGUAGUCCGACUAGCUGAGAAUAAAAGGAAGAUGAAAACCAAGCAGGAGGGGGGAGCCAAGCAAGAGGAGGGCAAACGCAAGUUGAAAAUGCUGGCAGUUGAGGAGGCCGUCCAACGUACGAGGGAGGCUGAGGAGGCCAUGAAGAAAAAACGGCAGCCAAGGAAAAAAGCAGCGAAGGGAGGUGCGAUGGAAAAAACUUGCGUUUUUCCACCGGACCAGCCACAGUCGGAUGAAGACGCUGUGGGCAAGACAGUCACCAGACCGCCCGGUUUGCAGAUUCUGCCGCCUGGGAAUUCUUCUGGUCAUCUGAGCAAAGACUUCUUCCUGGAGUUCGACGAGAAUGGUAAACUGAGGUCGGAAAUGCAGUUCAUUUCUAUCAAGUUGGACAGGAUUCUGGAUAUCCCUGAUGAGGAAUUCAGAUAUAAUCAAUGCUUCCUCGAUCAGGAGCUUAUUGAUGACCUUUACAAAACAAUGGUUGAGUCGGGUGAGGCAGCUAUCAGAGAGAGAACGACCGGGGCAGCCGGGGUGAAUGUAUGUGCAUUGUACGAGAAGCCUGUCCUUUUGUGGUACGAAUGUGAGGGCGAGAAGAGUGACGCCCGGCGAAUUCGAUCUCCAAUCCGUGCGCAAGUACUACUGGUACCCUCUCAGUGGUCAACACAAUGUUGCGGCGGCGAGGAAAUGUUCUCAAGAACGCCCUGACAUCGUCCGUGAGCUACGUUUGGAUUGCUGGACUGCAAGGUCUGUUUACUAUCUGGAUAGGAACAUGGAAAAUUACUGCACCUUGAGCACU